GAAAUCGACCGGUAGAUCUAUGCAAAGAUGUUCCUAAGAAAGCAUGGCAAGAUGUGGCAAAAUUACUAACGACAUGGAAGAAGCUGGAGAAAAUACAGGUCGACUUUCUGGCAGCUGGCAAUGUCAUGGUCCAAUUAACUGAUGGCGCCGAGACAUCAGCAGGAGCUAUUCUGGCCGAAAUCGGUCGCGAACUCAAAAUUGAAAACAGCACGUUGAAGUUGUUUGCUCUGUGGGUGUGCUCAGAGAGUCUAAGUCUCCAGCUCAAACCCGAUCACAAACCACUAGCACACUUAAACGUGAAGAAAUGGCGCGCCAAGGUGGAUAAGUGGACCGAUCAGGACCACUCCCGCGAAAAACCGCAUCUCGUCCUUCGCCGCAGCGCACACGCGUCGCUUGCAACGGAACUGAAGGUACCGUCCAUUUUGCCGAGGUACACCAUGAUGACGUACCGUACUCCAUCGUCUGCAACCAAUGGAAUGCCCUAA